CGGCGGGUCUUGCUUACGGUUUGUUAUCUAUUAACUGUGAGCAGUCUGUCUGUUCGGACGCUACGAUACAUCCCAUUUUUGAAUCUAUUUUCUACGUCAGAUCCACUAACCGUAAGCAAUCUUCCCUUCUGCGAGAACUAUAGUGUCAUCCAUACCUACAUCGUUGGUUCAAAGUGGUUGAUUGUCAAUCAAGUUCAAGAUUGCUGCGCCAGAAAUUUGACCAAAAGUUGAAACGGCUCGGUUGUUUCCUCUUCAAACGGAAGUUUCUUUUUCAGUCUUUCCCUAUUCGCUGAAUUCGAUAGUUAUUUUAGCCAUUGCUGUAUCACAACCUCUGAGAAUAAUGUCUGCUUCGAACCGAUAUACCGCGCUAUUGCUGAGCAUAAGUUGUCUGCUCCACGCGUCGCUGGCUUUUUCGAGCCGAUCUUUGUCGUCACAAACGUCGACCUCUAGUCACACAUUGCUGCAUUCCGACUUAUACAACGGCGGUCCUCCCCUGUUCAAUCAAGGAGCUGGGGAGCAAGCCAAUGUCUACACACAGCCUGGUGCACCCUGCGUUAUCAAAGUCAUUGGCGUCGGUGGAGGCGGAGGCAACGCCGUCAAUCGGAUGAUUCAAACACGGAUUGAAGGCGUCUCUUUUUGGGCUCUCAAUACCGACGCGCAAGCCCUUUCCAAAUCUCUCGCACCGAAUGUGCUUAACAUCGGGCGCCAAUUGACCCGCGGCCUGGGGGCCGGCGGAGAUCCAGGUGUCGGGCGGGGGGCUGGAGAGGAGAAUAUCAUAGAGAUGCAACACAUUUGUGAUAACACGGAUCUCGUCUUUAUAACGGCAGGUAUGGGUGGUGGUACGGGUUCUGGUGCCGCCCCAGUCUUGGCUAAAAUUGCCAAACAGGAUUGUGGCUGCUUAACCGUUGGUGUGGUAACCAAACCGUUUGCCUUUGAAGGACGCAAGCGCAUGAUGCAGGCCGAAGCUGCCAUUGAAGAAUUACGCAAAAAUGUCGAUACCUUGAUUGUUGUCUCCAACGAUAAGCUUUUGCGCAUUGUACCGGACAAUACUCCCGUCACCGAGGCUUUUCUGGUAGCGGACGAUAUACUCCGACAAGGUGUAGUAGGCAUUUCUGAAAUCAUCCUCAAGACUGGUUUGGUGAAUGUAGAUUUUGCCGAUGUACGGGCCGUUAUGAAGGACGCAGGAACAGCGCUCAUGGGUGUGGGAACGGGGGUCGGCAAAAAUCGUGCGUCCGAUGCCGCACUCGCAGCUAUUUCCAGUCCGCUUUUGGACUUUCCGAUCCAAAGAGCCAAACGAAUCGUUUUCAAUAUUGUGGGUGGUGCCGAUAUGGGGCUGCAGGAAAUCAACGAGGCCAGUGAAGUAAUUUAUGAGAAUGCGGAUGACAAUGCAAAUAUUAUAUUUGGUGCCUUGGUGGAUCCACAAAUGGACGGACAGAUAAGUAUCACUGUAUUGGCUUGUGACUUUGAUGCACAGCCAGCGGACGUGUACUCCAUUACAGAGCCGAUAGGUGUUGGCAUCGACGAGAGAAAUCCCAACUUUUACAAAGAGCGAAGAAAAAGCACACAAAGCCCACUAGGACCGGAUGCAUCGGUCGAAGAAACGCGAGUUGCCAUUACGCGAGGAUUUAAGAAGGCCGUGGAUCCCGACGAGCCCGUGGCAGACGAAGAAGAUGCACAGUCGGGAUUUCGAAACUUUCUGAAACGAUUUCGUGGACGUUAA